AAGACUUGAACGUGCAAAAAUUUAUGCGGUUUAAUUUUUUUCGGCAUUAAGUUUGCUAUAUGACGCGAAUAAUCAAACAUUAACAAGUACCAUAGAAAUACGCGCAAAAUAUUCAAAAUAAAUAUUUAAAAAUUAGAUUAACACACAAGUGAAUUCUAGUCAUCAUAUAGAACGCGACCUCGAAAAUUUAUAUUUUUUUGAGAAUAACAAAAAAUUGAAAGAUAACAACUUUAAACGCCGUCCAUAUAUGUAAAUAUAAAAUUGAAAACAAAUACAAAUUACCAAAAGAGAAAAUAUUGAGCUUCACAGCUGUGAUAAAAAAAAAUCACGUUAAAAUAAUACGUGGCUUUCUGUGAUUACUCGACUGCAUUCGUUCAACGUCAUUUACAUUUUUUAUGAGAAAUAAAUGUUGCAAAAGUGAACGUUUCAUAAAUUCGGGAGUAAAAUAGUGGCAACACAUUCACAUAUGCUCGCCGUUCAAGUUGUUAUUUGUUGAAUAAUUGAUAAGUCAAGCAGGCAGCCAGCAUGAACCGAAAAAGUGAUGCAUCAAUUCAUUAGACUGUGAAUAGUAAUUAUGAGUGCGCACAACUAAAAUUGCCGCGAAUCAUGAAAAAAAUGAUCGAUAUGAAAGAAAUUUUGUCGAAAAAUACCGAAAAAACGUAAAAAUUGCAUCGAAAUGAUGUUUGUACGGAAACUAGUCAAUCGCAUCAGGAAGAUGAAGAAUUUUAAUGUUCUGAUAUGGAUUUGUUGGGUCGUCUGUCUCACACAAAUUCUUGCCUUAUCCACGUUGUACAAAAGCUUACCAGACAUUCCUGCAAAUGGUCCUCUCAUCACUUUAGUUGAUCAACCGGAGCUUCGAGUGGAUUCUGAGCUCAACGAACACAUCGACGACAGUCUCAAAAAUGCCACAGCGUUCGUGAUGAUCAACAAUCCCAACGAAAAUGAUCCAGAAUUGCCGCCUACAUCAACGGAAAAGUCCGAAAUUGACGAAAUUCCAUCCUCGCAAGAAGAAAUUGCUCCAUCCACGGAAGAAUCCGCGACAAAAGACGACAUUUCCGCGGAAAAAAUCAAACCUGCGACGCCGCAAGAGCAAAACAACACCGAAGACGGCACAAUUCCCGUGUUUUCGGAAUGGGCGCAGAAGCAAAUGCAAGAAGCUGAGCAAAAACAAAAAGAAGAAGAGGAAAACGGCAGUGUCGUUAUCCCGAAAAGUCAGCGUCAGCACAAUCCGAAGCAUCAAGUGGUGAAAUUACGAGCGAAAAAUUAUGCUUCUCCCGAUUGCGGCGCGAAAAUCCUUGCUUCGAACGCUGAUGCGCAAAGUACGGGUUCUGUUCUCACUGCUUCGAAGGACGAAUAUUUGCUCAGUCCGUGUACGAGUCGCAUUUGGUUCGUCGUUGAGUUGUGCGAACCCAUUCAAGCGGAAAAAAUCGAUUUGGCGAAUUUCGAGCUUUUUUCGUCGUCGCCCAAAAACUUCACUGUAGGCGUUUCCAAUCGAUUUCCGACACGAGAUUGGUCCAAUGUGGGUCAUUUUACGGCGAAAGAUGAGCGAGAUGUUCAAACUUUCGUCUUGCAUCCGCAAUUAUUUGGAAAAUUCGUGCGAGUUGACAUCCAAUCGCACUACAAUUCGGAGCAUUAUUGCCCGGUUUCGCUCUUUCGCGUAUACGGAACGUCCGAAUUUGAGGCAUUUGAGACGGAAAAUCAACCGACAGUGAUAGCGACGCCCGAUGAUUUGGAAGAUGAGGAGGAAGAAGAUGAAGGAAAUGCCGUUUUUGAGCCGAGUAUCGACGAACCGCUGCGUCAUGGGAAGAAAAAAUCAAAAACUAAAGGCGAAAAGGAGAAAAAUAUCCUCAAAACAGCGGGAGAAGCUGUCAUGAAUAUGGUUAAAAAGGCAGCCGAAGCACUUUCGAAGACAAACGAACAUCAAAAUCGAACUUUAAGGACAUUCAAAACGCGCGAAUGUGUGUCUGUCAUUACGCCAUUCCUGUGUAACUCGUGCCCGACGCAACUUAGUGCUUCAGUUCAACAAGUUGCGGCAUGUUACGACGACGUAUUAACCCAAUUAGCUGCAAAUCCCGUCGUCACUGAGAGUCUUUCACGUGAUCUUUGUGCCAUUUUUGUUGAUCCCGCUCUCAACAAAGCUCAGUUACCGCCAACUCCGUCGACAAUUCGUCGUAAUUACGUCGCAACGAUGCUUCCGUUGAACAUUUCCAUCGGUGUUUGCAACAAAAUCCAUUGGGAACACCUGAAAUCCUUGGAAGCCAUUGACAAAAUGAAGAAUGAGGUGCCAUUUGUGGAAGAAAAUCACGAAAAAGAGUCAAAAGUCGCAGAAGAAGUCAAUGAAAACGAACAAAAACCGCAAGAAAAUGCUGAAGUUCAGUCCGAAAAGGAAGAAAUCUCGCACGAGGAACGAAUUUUCCAAAAUGCGGAAGACAGUCAACCCCCAUUGUCGCAAGAAACGAACGAAACAGAGCCCGAAACUGUCACAAAUAGCAUCGACAAUGUCUCUACUGAGGAUGUUCAAGUCGUUAUUGACGCGCCUCCGUUAGCGCCCAUUAAUUUGCCCGAAAAAAUUGCAACUUCCGAAGAGGAAGUUGCUGAAAAUGAUAAAAUUGAUGAAAGCCCGUCGCAUGAAACGAUCGAAAUAAAUGGAAAUAAUUCAUGGGAGAAUUUAGAAACGCUUUUGGCGAGCAAUGGAAAUGGAGGAGACUCGGUUCCAACGACCAAUCCAACGAUAAAUCACAAACAAGGUCAACCAGAAAGUGUUUUCCUGCGUUUGUCGAAUCGGAUAAAGUCACUCGAGAGGAAUAUGUCGCUAUCGGGUCAGUAUUUGGAAGAGCUUUCGCGUCGUUACAAGAAGCAAGUUGAAGAGUUGCAACAAUCUUUCGCCAAAACUUUGCAUCAUAUCGAGGAGCAAAAUCGUAAAAAUACUGAUCGCGAGCAACAAUUGUACGAACAAAACCUGCAAAUGCGUCACGAUUUGAAUGAAGUGAUCGAAACAUUGCAAAAUUGGAAGAUUAUUGUCACUUAUUGCGGCGGAUUUCUCUUCGUUCAGUUACUUUUCAUGUUUUUCGUGCUGCGAAACUGCUCAAGACGCAAUAAUUUGUUGACAGAAGCGCUCGAAGCGACAAUCGCAGCGUCAAAAAAGAAGAAAAAGAACAAAGGAGACCUAAAACGAAGGAAAUCCAUCGAUGGCACGUUACAUAGUUCACCUUCUGUGAGGCAAAGACGCCCCAGCGAAGAAGCUCUGAAGAUUACGGGACAUUACGAGGACUUGCUCAUCUCUUCGGGAGGCGGCGAUGAUGUUCGUAACAUCGGUUCGGGCAGCGAAGGCACCGAUUUCGUCGAAGUAAUGAAAGUUUCCGACUCCGUUUCGAGCAAAAAGAAGAAAAAUAAGGAAAAAAUCCGAAAAACAUCGACAGGAAGUCGUUUAUCGAAACGCAGCAGUUCCGGCGACAGUAAUUUACUGCGUGGCGAGUCACCAGCUGAAUACGACAUCAAAAAUGGGAACUUGAUUCGAUGUAAUGCCGACAAUAAACCCAUUGAAGAAAUGCCAUAUUUGGAAGAUAACGACGAAUUUAUCAUCCCAACAGCGUCGGAGCUGUCCUAUAACGAGUACGUGCCCUCGAUGUCGAGUAGUCAGCGAAUUAACGGCAUGGAUUCCUCAAUUUCGGACACUUCGUCACGCUCAAGCAACACAAAACUCGACAAAUCCCGGAGACUUUCGUCGCCAGCAUUUUUCAAAUCGGCUCUCGGGCGUUCGAGUACAAGGAAAUCGUUGCCGCCCGUCGUUCAAACGAGCGGAUGGGAAUGGUAUCGCUUGCGAAAGUCGAAAGCAAAGUCAGAAAGCCCCGAUGUGAUCAGUGUCGGAGCCGGAAGUAACAUCAGCACAUCCACGCCGAUCGUUGACAAGAGUGAUGCGAACAGCGACGAGGCUUCGAGCAAAUCUAAGAAGGCAGGCGGGAGCUUUCGACGCAUUCUGAAGAAGGUUUUUUAAAAAUCUUUGCAGAUCCAAAAAAAAAAAAAACUUACCAAAAAUACUUUAAUUUAUUUUUGUAUAAAAAAUUGUUAUUUAGAAAAAUAUCGAUCUAUCAUCAUUUUUAAUAUAUUUACAAAGUAAAUUGUAUCCCAGUUCAUUUCAUGUUUCAUCUCGCGUUAAAAAUAAAAGUACAAAGACUGAGUUACUUUGUAAGUUCACGUUUCUCCUUUUUCCUCCUCCUUAAUUAUUACUUAGGUUAAUAAACACAAGAAGAACAAUAAAAAGUUGAAUAGUUAGUUAGAAAAUUUAGUUAGAGCUUCAUUGCAUAUCGUUAUUUACUAAUUUAGUCACUUGCGUUUAA